GCCGGGGGAAACAGUGAAAACCUCCCGUAGAUAUUCAGGCGCAGAUGUCAUGUGAAAAGCCGCAUGCUCGCUGAGCGGACGAACACUCAAACCGUCUGACCACCUCUCCACACUCCACGACCGGUCUCUCUGCUCCACUCUGCCCAGCGCGUCAACAAGCACGAGCCUGUUCUGGUCUGGAAUGCUUUUGCGCAGAAACAACACUCCCCGAAUGAACGUGGACGACGGCAAACAUUAACGUUGUUUUGUUUUUGCCCGGGGAUUUUGCUUUUUAAAAGUAUUUAUGUUUGUUUCUUCAUGACUGCUGCAUUCGGAAGAGAGUCGCACAAACACCACCAUGCGAGCCCAAAUCGAAGUUAUACCAUGCAAAAUUUGCGGAGACAAGUCAUCAGGAAUCCACUAUGGAGUCAUCACAUGUGAGGGCUGCAAAGGGUUCUUCAGACGUAGUCAGCAGAACAACGCUGCAUACUCCUGCCCUCGCCAGAGGAACUGUCUGAUCGACAGGACUAACCGAAACCGCUGCCAACACUGCCGCUUACAGAAGUGUCUCGCACUCGGAAUGUCCAGAGAUGCGGUGAAGUUUGGCCGCAUGUCAAAGAAGCAGCGAGACAGCCUGUACGCCGAGGUGCAGAAACACCAGCAGCGGAUCCUGAAUGAGCGGCAGCAGCAGACUGGUGAGGCCGAGGCCCUGGCGCGCGUCUACUCCUCCAGCCUGACCAACGGCCUCAACACCCUCAACCACGAGAUCGGAGGCACCUACGCCAACGGCCACGUUAUCGAGCUUCCCAAGGGCCAGGUGAACGGUGGUGCCCCCGGCGGCUACUACCACGGUAUGGACUCCACCCAGCCCUCCCCGGAUCAGUCAGGCUUGGACAUGGCGGGCAUGAAGCACAUAAAACAGGAGCCUGUCUACGACUUGACCCCUGUGACCAACCUGUUCAACUAUAGCUCCUACCAGGACAGUCAGCUGGCGCCAAGCAAUGUCAGCAUGGGAGAGCUAGAUCGUAUCGCCCAGAACAUUAUAAAGUCUCACCUAGAGACCUGUCAAUACACAGCAGAUGAGCUCCAGCAGCUGGCCUGGCAAACACACUCCUACGAUGACAUCAAGAUGUACCAGAGCAAAACACGAGACAUGCUGUGGCAGCAGUGUGCCAUCCAGAUCACACAUGCCAUCCAGUAUGUGGUGGAGUUUGCCAAGCGCAUUUCAGGCUUCAUGGAGCUGUGCCAGAAUGACCAGAUCCUUCUGCUCAAGUCAGGUUGUCUGGAGGUGGUCCUGGUCAGAAUGUGUCGGGCGUUUAACCCACUCAACAACACAGUGCUGUUUGAGGGGAAGUACGGGGGCAUGCAGAUGUUCAAAGCUCUAGGCUGUGACGAUCUGGUCAGCGCGGUGUUUGACUUUGCCAAGAGUCUGUGCUCUCUGCAGCUCACUGAGGAGGAAAUCGCUCUGUUCUCCGCAGCAGUGCUCAUCUCCACAGACCGGCCGUGGCUGAUGGAGCCCAGGAAGGUGCAGAAGCUCCAGGAGAAGAUCUACUUUGCGCUGCAGCACAUCAUGCAGAAGAACCACAUGGAUGAGGACACGCUGGCUAAGCUGAUUGGUCGGAUCCCCACGCUGUCGGCCCUGUGUACUCUCCACACCGAGGAGCUACAGGCCUUCCAGCAGCUUCAUCCCGAGACGGUCAAUGUGCUCUUCCCCCCACUCUACAAGGAGCUCUUCAAUCCCGACCCCAAUGCAGCCAUCACCAUACCCAAGUGACUGCCUACGGUCCAAUCUCAGAGAGUGGACCACAACGUGACCGCGGACACAUCAUUACCGCAACCGCAAAGCCCGGACCCCAGGCCCGGACCCUCCAGACACUUACAGCCGCAAACACUAGGAAUGUCCAGCACUUAUCCAACCCUAUUCACCGAUACAGUCUAAAGAAUGUAUAUAAUGCACCCACGAUCAAGGGGCUCUUCAGAACUGAUCAGAAAUGUACAGACUUUAACUAGCACAUUUAAGCUGUCUUUUAACUGGGUAAGUCAAUUUGUUUAUCUUUGAUACAUUUUUUUUUUUUACAUGAUAUUGUGAUAUUGAAGGUGGGGGGGCAUUCGUGUGGAUUCAGAAAAACUAUUGUACAUAUUCUUUAGGACAGAGCGGAUUCCAGUAUUACUUAUUUUUCUGUUAAUAUUUUAGUCCUAAUUUAAAAUUGCAGCUGCCCUAUGUGGCUGAUAACCUGUCUAUGUGUUUUUUUAUUUGAUAGAUUAAUGUGUACAGAAUUUGUCAAGAUUUAAAUGAGACGUGUUAAAGAAUAUUGGGUUAAACCUGGGGGGGUGCUCUUGGUACGUCGAGAAACCUUGUCUGGCUCUGUUGAUAUGUGAAGAGGGUUUUGCAUCAGUCAGUUGAGAACUAUUCAACUGUAAAAGGAGUGAAACAAUUAUGGCUACUCUUCAAGGUGAAGAUAUGUACAUAAAUAUUCUAUUUUGUGUGAGAAAAAAAAGUUUCUGGCAGAUUGCCAUCCUGCCAGCCCCCCUAAACCUACCGCCACCUCUCUCCACGCCACCUAGCCAAAACGACUGUGUUGAUCUUGGUGUCUUUUCAUGAUGGCCUAGUUAGUCAGUGAAUAUAAGAACCCUAGACACUGCAUAAACCUCUUCCUCUCUUACAUCCCCCUCAUUUUGCACAAUCUACGCCCAUGCUAAUCACUGGGCAUCUUAAAUGAAGAAUACUUUCUCUCGCUCUUUCUCUCCGAGGAGAUAGAACUUUCACACUGCUUUAUCCUUACCCUUGCAUUCCUCUGCUCAGCCUCGUCCUUCUAGAACAGUCAAUCACAGGGUAGUCAUGAUUAGCUGGAGUGGAUACACCAGGAUGUCCACUGAUCAUUUCUUUCAAUUUGACUGACAAUCGGACGUUCAAUCUUUCAGAUUAAAAUGGAAACUUGAAACACAUUCCACAUUACAGAGAGUGCACUCUGGGACUGUAGAUCUUGCACUGCUUAUUCUAGGGGUAAUAGAUAUUCUUCACUGAAACGUUUGCCACUUAAAGUUGCAAUACAUUGUAUAAUCUUUAUAGUAAGCUAUGAUAGACAAUCACUUCCUGUUUUGUUUAGUUUAUGAACAGUUUAGAAUGUUUUUCAAAUGCUUUUUAAAUGUUAAUGUUGAAGAUCUUCGAGGAUUUCCUUAGAUGUUAUAAUAGACACGUUUACGUGUUUCGCACAGUUGCCAAAUCCCUCUGAGCUUUUAGUGGAGAAUAGAUGCUAGCCAGUGCCAGUGUACAGAACAGUAUGACCUGAGACAUUUUCCUCCACUUCCCACUUCCCAUAUCCAUUACCCCCCACCCUUUCCCAUAUGCAGUGACCACUAUGUUGUCCUGUCAUCCUCUGUAUACACAGGAUGAGCUUCUAGUCA